AUGUGUUGCCAAGAGCCUGGAUCGCCAACGUGCGAAGACUCCAAAUCCAACGUCAAUCACAAACGAAGUCUCAGCAAUGGAACACCUAACCUCUCGCCACCCAGACGAUCGAAACGACAAAAAUCCACUACGAAUCUGAAAGAGCUUUCUUCAUCAGAGGCCGAAGAAUCAGAGGCCGAAGAAGCAAAUCCUGUAUCAGAGAAACAGAUCGACGAUAAACUUCUGCCAGUCGAGACUGCCAAGGAGAAAAAAAAGAGGGUUCCAAUCAAGAAAGAGUCCAACGAAGAUACUAAACCCAAGAAGGCACGAAAGUCUAAGAAAGACGAAGCACACGACGCCAUGCCAUUAGCACCACGGUCUACAGGCCUGCGUAUGUUUGUCGGCGCCCACGUCAGUGCUGCAAAGGUGCCACCGAGAUCUAAAUGGGAAUCUGGUUUUAAUCUUGCAAUCAGAGGAAAUGCAAUUGCCUUGUUUUUGAAGUCACAGCGCAAGUGGGACAACCCAGCUCUUCAGGAUGACCACCGCGAUCAGUUCCGUGAACUGUGCGCAGAGAAGGGUUAUGAUGCAGCCAAACAUGUUCUCCCUCACGGCUCAUACCUUGUCAAUUUGGCCCAAAGUGACAAAGCCAAAGCCAAGCAAGCCUACACAUCUUUCUUGGAUGAUCUUCGUCGAUGUGAGGCCCUCGGAAUUACACUUUACAACUUCCAACCCCAAAGCCCAGGAAGUACCAACCAGACACCUCUGCCAGAAGCACUUGCCCGUUUAGCAGAGAUGCUCACUCAAGCCAUUACGGAGACUAAGACUGUGGUUCCCGUUCUGGAAACAAUGUGCGGCCAUGGUAACACGAUCGGCGGUUCACUGUCAGAAUUCCGCGAUUUGCUAGCCCUGAUCCCAAAGGAGCACCACUCCCGCAUCGGCAUUUGCAUCGACACAUGCCACAGUUUCGCAGCGGGCUACGAUUUGGCUUCCCCAGCCGGAUUCAAAGCUUUCCUUGCCGAGUUCGAUGAGCUAAUCGGAAUUCAAUUCCUCCGAGCUCUGCACCUCAACGACUCCAAGGCACCGCGUGGCAGCAAACGCGACCUGCAUGCCAAUAUCGGCACAGGGUUUCUCGGUCUCCGCGCAUUCCACAAUGUCAUGAAUGAGGCGCGAUUUGAAGGGCUGCCUAUGGUUCUUGAGACGCCUAUUGAUCGUGUGCCCGGGCAGGAUGCAGACAAUGGGAACGAAGCAGCCGAGGGCAGUGAGAGCGAGUCCGGGAAGAAGAAAAAGCCAAAGAAGGGACCCAAGAGACCUGCUGGUGCAGGCGCAGCUGCCGUUGCCGAUCCGGGUGUAUGGGCGCGCGAGAUUAAACUACUCGAGUCACUCAUUGGAAUGGACCCCGAAGGCGAGGAGUUCCGCGCUCUUGAAGGUCAGCUUUCGGAGGAGGGUCGUGCGGAGCGCGAGAAGCAUCAGGAUCAGUAUGAGCGUAAGCUUGAGGCAGAGGAGAAAAAAAAGCCAAAGGACCGAGGACAGAAGAGUCUUGUGGAUAUGAUGAAGGGUGCAACGAAGGAGUAG